AAUCAUUUUUUUUCCUGAACUUAAUUUUUGUGGUUUACAUUGCUGGUUGGUGCCUUAUUUGUAUCUCAAAUGUACAGAUAGGAAAUGGUAAUCAUUGUCAGGACAAAUAUUAAUAUGCCCUUGAUGGCAGGUCAGAUAGUUUCUUUAUCAAAGUAAUAUGAAGGUACAUUUAGGCUACGUAUCUGUCAUUUCAAAAACAUUUUACUGUACUCUAUAAUCAAAAAAGUCUUUUACAGGUCUUAAUAUGUCCACUAUAAAAAUUACUCUGCUCUCCUGUAUACCUACAUCUUCUAUGAGGGGCAAAAAUGUGUUGGUAUUAAGGGGUUAGUAGUUACAGCAACAUGAAGCAGCCAUACCCGUGAUUCAGCAUUUUUUUAAAAGGCCAAAUUGACUCCUCUCUCUGGCGUCUUUUGUUUGCCGAAAUGUGAGAAGCAGUUAGGUUUAGGUAAGCCCUAUAUGAAGAGACAAAACAGCAUGCAAAGAAGAGAAAUGUUGCUACAUAAAAGGACUGAUGGCAUUACUUUAAUCAGUUUCCUAAAGACCAUUUCUUUCAGCAGUUUAAAAUUUUAUACUUUAACCACAAGACAUGAACAUUUCUUUCUAUGGCUAUAUGCAUUUAUAGAGAAAAGUAAGAAAGACUUACAUAUAGCUACAUUCAUACUUGGCCACUUUACUGUUCAGUGUCAAUAAUGUGCCAUUACCACGUGAUACUUAAUGUAUUUGAACGUUUUUUUUUUUUUCUCACAAGAGAACAAACAGCUGUUUAUUCACUUCAGAAAGAAAAUGCUGACAUAUGGGUGUGCCAUGACCUAGUUGUGACAAAGAUGGAUUCCAGGAAGAAAAAUGUUUCUUUAAAAAAAAAAAGAAAAAAAAAAUCCAGUAUUUCAUCUUCAUUCUUCAGAAAUCCUUUGAAUGAAGCAAGCAUUGUCAUACAUUUAUAUAGUCCGUAAAGAGACGAAGAAACCAAGUGUAAGAUCCCUUGUGGAACAAAGGAGAACCAUAUUGGCCAUUGCGUUCCAGUGCCGAGAAAAUGGCUGCCUUCGUUCUCGGCCUCUUCUGCGCGCUCUGUUGAAGGAUGUCUCGUUGGAGCUUCUAAUAGCCGAGCCUGAACCGGAGCUGCAAUCUGAUUGGCCAGCGCAAACACUGCUGUUAACCAGCCAAUUGCCCAAGCAGCGCAAAAUAUCGCACGGCGUUCACAACGUCCCUGUCUUCACCACAUAUAAAAUCACAAACAAGUACAAUUAAAUAGAUUCCUUUAAAAAAAAAAAAGUGUCAACUCGCCUGUCGAGAGGAGUGGAAAAACAAAGCUUCCUCGUGAUUGGCCUGUGUAGCCUUUGUAUUUAAAAUAAGUUCAAAGUAACAUUCGAACGAAUUGUCUUUGUUAAAAACACGAGAAAAUAAUUUAAAAAAAAAACGCGUAUGCAAUAAAAGUACAUGUUUGACUGGCUAGGCGGAUUACGCCUCCUCUCCAGCAGUAUGAAACUACCCUGCUAUGUCCAUCUUGUUGUUCGCUGUUUGCGUAAAUACAGGCGGUAGAUUCAACGCUCUGCCGCGACAUUAGUUUCUUGUCAAACGGGAGAGUUGCGCGCGACGACCGUGUUGGUGUCACACGUGGAAAUUCCGUUUCAGAGUAGCGCCUCUUUAUAUUUUUGGAAUGCGAGCGCCUUGCGCGAGGCUCGUUGAAAAAUAGGAGGAUAUCGAAAGUGCGAAUGGAAUGGAGGGGUAGGUACUAGUGCAGCUCAAUAGUGGUGUAUUGUGGGAGACACAGAGGACUUACAGCAGAGGCGCACAAUAUGUGUUGGCUCGCAAACCAAGGCAGGAUCCCCGAAACCAUGUAACAUACUCCGGCGACGGCACGAGAUCGAGGCGCUUCGGUUUGAACAAGGAGCACUUUGGGAGUAAAGACAACAUGUCCAAGUCUGGAGAGAAAAUCCGGCUGAGUGAAGGUCUGGCGAACGGAAUGGAAGGCGGCCAUCCAGUGUGCGGCUCCGGGGAGAAGCGGAGUCACCAUUGGAGAAGUUACAAGUUGAUCAUUGACCCUGCGCUGAAGAAGGGACCGCACAAACUGUACCGCUACGAUGGACACAGUUUCAGCGCGCCUCAUUUGGGAAUGGCACCGGUGGACACGGUCAGGGACCCGAGAAUCGGUCGUAUCUGGACAAAGUACAAGGAGGUGGAUCUGCCGGUUCCCAAGUUUAAGGUGGAUGAUUUUUACGUGGGACCCGUCCCUCCGAAAGAGGUGACGUUCGCAAAGCUGAACGACAACAUCAGGGAAGGGUUUCUCACUGACAUGUGCAAGAAGUACGGUGGCAUAGAAGAGGUGGAAAUCUUAUACAAUCCCAAGAACAAGAAGCAUCUGGGAAUCGCCAAAGUCGUCUUCGAUUCCGUGAAAUCAGCGAAGGAGGCAGUCCAGAACCUUCAUAACACAUCUGUCAUGGGAAACAUCAUCCACGUGGAGCUCGACCCUAAGGGUGAGAACCGCCAGCGCUACUUCCAGCUCCUGAUCAAUGGCAGCUACACACCUCUGACUCUUCCAGUGGGGCUUAAGGAGAUUCAGGAGAGACAGGAAGCACGGGAGAUGUCACCUCGAACUCUGGCUGAAGCUCUUUUGGCUUGUGAGCCCCUCAAGAGACUGUCUGAGAGCUGCCUGUUGGCUGCAGGGAGCACAGGCACACCCAGCAGCACCAGUACCCCGCUCUCUCUGGACAUGUCCUGUUCCACCGGACGGUAUGAAACGCCUAACAGUUUUGGACACACACCGCAGUCGCAGGGCACUCCGCAAAUUCCGCGUCCAUCAGGCACGCCCUGUUCCCAGGAUUCCAGCUACUCCAGUGCCCAGGGAACUCCAGGUUAUCAGCCCCUUCGAGCCGAAGGCCCGGGAGGCUAUAAGCCCCGGAGGCACGAGACCAAAUUCCAGGAUGCCUACAACCGACGACCAGAGCGUCGCUACGUCCAUGGCCCCAAUAGGGCAACCCGGGCUCCAGAGCCCAGCUCCUUCAAACCGCAGCCACCACAGCCCCCACCGCCUGAACCAUCCCUGGCCCCUGCUCCGGCCCCUGCCCCAGCUCCUGCCCCGGUACCCGCACUGUCUGUGUUCGCCAACGCUCCACCCCCUCCCACAAGUGUUGGCUACAAGUCGAACUUUUCCCCUUACCAGGCCCCACCGCCGCCGUUGUACCCCCCAGCAGAACCCUCUUUCCUUCACCACCCUCCCCUACAGCGAGAUCCAGAGUACAGAAUACCUCCCCCCAUCCCUGAACCGGAGGGCCCGCCUCCAGCAGGUGACUGUUCUGCGGUCAAGGAGAAACCUGAGACGCCACCCCUCCCUGAGCCCCCUCCUGUUCCCUCGGACCCUCCGGACGUGACCCCAGAGCGGUGUCCUUCCCCUGGCACACCCACACUGGAGUUGGAGCGCCACAGCCUGGACUCCCGCAUCGCCAUGCUGCUAAAAGAGAAACGGAGCAAGCUGCCCUUCCUGGGUGAGAGGGAUUCAGACCCUGACAUGCGGAUGGAUGGCAGUCCUGUCUCUUCAUCCUCCUCCCACCUUUCUCCCGACUACCCCUAUGCGGUCAGCUCCCAGCCUGGCCACCGGCCACCCAGCACCGGCCUGGAGGACAUCAGCCCCACCCCCCUGCCAGACUCUGACUCAGAGGAGAAUGGGUCCAGCCUGCAGGAGUGUCCAGCUGCAUCUCCCAGUGAAUCUCGCAGCCAAGGACAGGGUAACGAUGGUGAUCUGAAGGACUGUGCUUCUCAACCAGCUGCAGCCACUGACGCAAUGGAUGUGAGCAAUCAGUCUUCUGGUGAGGACAUGGAGAUCUCGGACGAUGAGGCACCAGUGGCUGAUGGCGACUGCACUAAAGGCAUUGUGGUUAACUCUACCCUGUCCCCUAUGCACCCCCAGGCCAUCCCCAUCCCACCUCCAGGUUUCCCUCCUCUACCUCCACCUCCAGUCAGCUUUCCCAUGCCACCACCCCCACUGCCUCCACACACCACUGUACAUGGGGCCCCACCCCCACCACCGCAUCUUCCUCGUCCCCCUGUAGUACCUCCACACCCCAUGUUGCGGCCGCUGCCCCCCUUCCCCCCAAGCAUGAUGCCCCCAAUGCCUAUGGACCUGGGGGGUGGAAUCCUGCAGCAGUGGGGGGGUGUGCCAAUGUCCUUCCAAAUGCAAACACAGAUGCUGAGCCGCCUGGCACAGAGCCAGCAUCCUUACCCCUACCCCCACUUCAUGGGUGUUGCUGGGGGUGGGGCUAUGGCAUUCGGGAGCCCCUACCGUCCACUGUCCAUAGGGGCGGUACCACUGGGAGGCAUGGCUCCAGGGAAGCCCUGGCACCUGCCUGCCUUCCCCAAGUUUAACCCCGCUGUUCCCCCACCUGGCUAUGAGCCCCAGAAGGAGGACCCGCACAAGGCCACAGUGGAUGGUGUUCUCCUGGUCAUCGUUAAAGAACUCAAGGCCAUCAUGAAGAGGGACCUCAACCGCAAGAUGGUGGAAGUGGUGGCUUUCAGGGCUUUUGAUGAGUGGUGGGAGAGAAAGGAGCGCUCGGCCAAGGCAUCCAUAACUCCAGUGAAGUCUGCAGAUGGCAAAGAGGAAGACAGGGAGAGGCCCAAACCCAGGGAGACCCUGGCAUCCAGCCUGCUGGAAAACUGGAGCAAGGGAGAGGGUGUUGGGUAUGAGGGCAUGGGAUUACAUUUCGGCCUGCGAGGUGUCAUCCGGUUGCCCUCCUUCAAGGUGAAAAGGAAAGAGCCUCCUGACCCAGGCUCCACAGGAGACCCUAAGAAGACGCGAGCCUCCAUUCCUGUAGAUGAUGAGUUGGAGGAAGAAGAGUUGGAACAGGAUAGGAUCUCCUCAGAUGCACCAAGAAAGGACGCAGACAAGCCAGGGGGCAGGAGACAUCCCCGGAACAUUAAGCUGGACAGUGAGGGGGAGGAGGAGGGAGAUUUGUCAGAAAAGGAAUCUCUGUCAGAAAAGGAGGAAGAGCCAGAUGAAGAGGAGGCUUCUGAUAGCGGUUCCUUAGCUAAGGGCAGCGACAAAGUGGGUGAAGAUGAAAGUGACUCUGAUGCCAGUGAAGGGGAGGACUCAGACUCCACAGAUGAAGAAAUGGCUGAAUCGUCCUCCUCAGAGUCCAGGUCAGGCUCCUCAGUCGGUGACUCUUCUGACUACGACUCCAGCUCUGAAGAAGAAGGAUCAAGUAUAAAAGAUGAGGAGGAAGUAGGUUAUCGCAAAAUUUCCUCUUCCUCCUCAUCGUUGCCAUCAUCAUCCUCGUCGUCUUCCUCGUCUUCAUCUGAUGAGGAGGAUGAGAACCAGGACAUGGUUGAGGCUUCACAAGUGCUGCUUGAGGAUUCGGAGGGCAAGCUCCAGAGCAGAUCUGUCCUAGAGGAGACAGCAGAGGUCAGCAUUUCAUUGUCAAAGGCGAUGCUGACGGACGAUGUGAGGCUCCACCCCCCUCCUACUCCAACCGGCUCCCCCGUUUACAGUGAUCUUGAUAUGCGGCCCAAGGCUGCUACCGAAGAGGAGGAAGAGAAUGAUCUUCCUCACACACCAGGACUAGAGACUGCUGCUACCAUAGAGAUGGAGAUACCUCAACCCCCAUCAUCCCAGCCUCUUCCACUAUCCCCAGAUGCGGUCGCCAAGGCACCUUCUGUGCUCGGACUCUCUGGUCCACAGGCUGAGAAGCGGCUAACAUCUCGGCUUCCCAGUGAGGAAGAUGUACCUCGUACCCCAGGCAGGGACCUUGGGAGCCAUGCCCGGCACUUGGGUAAAUCCCAAAGCACAGAGACAGUCCCUGUUACACCAGGCAGUGAGACUCCCCUCACAGGGAGCAGCUUGGCCCUUAGCUCCCCUCACAUCCCUGGCAGUCCCUUCUCAUACCCCUCGCAGUCCCCUGGUGCAACUGGUGGGAUCCCCAGGACCCCAGGAAGGGACUUCAGCUUCACCCCAACCUUUUCAGACCCUGCCGUUGUCCUCCCCAGCCACAGGAAGGCAUCAUCUGACAGCUUGGACAAGGGACUCCUGUUCAAGGAGCCCCUGCCUAGUGCCUCCCCCCUUGGCUCCCACCCCGGCCACCCUCCGCUAGUUACGAUCCCUAUGCCACACACUACGGACACCACUGUGGCAGAUACCAGUUUGCCCAGUGUGCCAAAAGAGCAAGCCACCCUGCCUCAUGCAGAUGUUCUGUUGUCCCCCGGGGCCACCCCAUCAAAAAGGAAACCGGGUCGUCCAAAAACAAGGAAGGAUCCAGUGGCCAUGCUGGUGCCUGAGACUUUGGAGCUCCAGGGGGUCGAGUCAGCUCCCUCUGUGCCCCACGACCUCUUUGCUGGGAACCAGCACCUGGAGGGAACUGCUGACGCGGGGGCUGCCCGUUGCAACUGGACCGAGGCUUCAGGUAUGUCUCUGUACUUUGGAGAAGCGUCGCACACAAGGGAUGCUUCCCCUUCAGAGGAACUGAAGAGCAAGUUCCCGCGGGAGGUGCCUAUGCGGAAGUCACGCCGCGUGUGGGAAGAGGUAAUGUUCCCAGACUCGCCACCUUGCACCAAGUUUCGACCACGCUCCGAGUUUGAAGAGAUGACCAUCCUGUACGACAUCUGGAACGAGGGCAUUGAUGAGGAGGACAUCCGCCACCUCCAGAUUACUUACAACAAGAUGCUGCAGCAGGACAACGGCUACGAUUGGUUGAAUGACACCUUAUGGGUCCAUCAUCCUCCCACCUCCAUCCCGAGCGUGAAGAAGAGGAGGCGAGACGACGGCAUGCGAGACCAUGUGACUGGCUGCGCCCGCAGCGAAGGCUACUACAAGAUUGACAAGAAGGACAAGAUGAAAUACCUGCACAGCACCAGGCUGCUGCCUGAAGAGCUGCCUUCAGACACACAGGGAACAAGUAUCCCCGCGCAGCCACAUGCCUCUACACGCUCGGGAUCCGAGCGCCGUUCAGAGCAGCGUCGUCUUCUGUCGUCUUUCAGCUGCGACAGCGACCUACUUAAAUUCAACCAGCUCAAGUUCCGUAAGAAGAAGAUCCGCUUCUGCAGAAGUCAGAUCCACGACUGGGGCUUGUUUGCCCUGGAGCCCAUAGCAGCAGAUGAGAUGGUGAUCGAAUAUGUGGGGCAGAACAUCCGACAGGUGAUUGCUGACAUGAGGGAGAAGAGAUAUGAGGAAGAGGGCAUUGGGAGCAGCUACAUGUUCCGGGUCGACCACGACACCAUCAUUGAUGCCACAAAGUGUGGGAACUUUGCCCGGUUCAUCAACCACAGCUGCAAUCCCAACUGCUAUGCCAAGGUAAUCACUGUGGAGUCGCAGAAGAAGAUCGUCAUCUACUCCCGGCAGCCCAUCAACGUGAACGAGGAGAUCACCUAUGACUACAAGUUCCCCAUCGAGGACGUGAAGAUCCCCUGUCUGUGUGGGGCAGAGAACUGCCGAGGGACUCUCAAUUAGGACACUUGAGUGUGUGAGGUAUAGGGUGAAGGGGGUACAGGUGUGUGUGUGUGUGUGUGUGUGUGUGUGCACGUGUGGGUGUGUAUGUGUUCCCUUUCCCAUUGUCUUGCCUUCUAGACCUAUGUGCUGUGGAACUGCCAGGCGAAACAAUCAGUCAGAGAAACCAGUGCAGGGAGAGCAGGAACCUGAGUCAUGACACAUUAAACAUUUUACCCCAGCGGCCCUCGGUUAGAUCUUGAGUCCUGCAGCCACCCUGUUCACGGAGACCCCCCCCCAGCUGAGUCCUGCUAGCUGCCUUCUACCUGCAUACAGCCACAGGGUAAAGGUAACAUGAAGAUUGUCGGGCUGCGGCAGGUGUUUGUUGUGUGUUACGUGGAGAUUCGGCCCUUGGGUUGAGUGCAGCACGUUGCCUGUAGCUGAGCAAACAGUGAUGCAGAGAAGUUGCCCAGGAAAAGAUGUGUUACUGGGGAUGCACUGAGUUGCUCAUUUCCCCACCAUAUACCUCAAGGAGCUGUUUCCACCCUGUGUUUCAGUGUUCCUCUUUCUCUCUGUCAGUUUAUUAUGGAAGUGUUUUUCCUGCAUAAUAGUAACAUUUCUAAAUUAAGAACUUUGUGAAGUUAAAAGGGUACAUUUCCACCGAUUGCAAGGGUAAAAAUAAGUGGGCCCAGUUUUUUAAGUACACAUUUAACGGCCACCCCAAAAAGCAGGUGUUUGAAAAGCAGAUCCUGCCCUUUGCAAGUGUUUUGGAGUUACUGAACCUUUCUUUCUCUCUUUAGCUUUUUUUUGCCCACUGAGCAUUACAACCAUACAACACACUACAGUAUUACUGAAAUCUCAUUCUUUCAUUUUACAUUUUUUUUCUUGGGACUUUUUCCGUGCUCUCGACGGGUGAUCUUAGGACCCCACUGAUGCUCUCUGUGUAGCCGCAGUGAGGAAACUAGCAGGAGCUGUGUUCACACACAAUGUGUGCGCAGUGUUAGCCUCUAUUGCCGGCUGCUGGUCACAUGGCAGAAUGCUACUGUGAGACUGUCACUGUGAGACAUAAAGACCAUAAAUGUGGACCACAGGCACUUUAAAAAAUAAUAAUAAUAAUUUUUUUUAUUGUGGCUGAAAAAAAUCUCAACAGUUGUUAAGUAGGAAAUAAAACUUGUAGGCUUUCCCCCGUCUUCAGGAGAUGGGAUCUGUGCCCAAAACGGGCGAGUUAGCCCACGAAAGUAAGAUUUAUAAGAAAACUGGCUGUGCUGCCCCACUUCUGACUCCCCCACCCAUGACCUCCCUUAAUUUCUACCUCUGCUUUACAAGCAACCAUUCAGACCUUGAGUCUUCCACUAAGAUAUCUGCAUGCACUGUUUUCACAGUGUGCUGCUGAGAAAGGACACAAUGACUGAUGUGUAACACAGAUGUUGUUAGUGGGGUAACGGAACAUAUGUAAAGAAUGAUUUAUUGUUAAGAAUAUUAAUAAUGAGUCUAAGUGCUUAAACUUCAGUGUUGGGUGAUUGCAGGGCAAUCUCAGUUUCAAAUUUAUUUGCUUCUAACCUGUGUGUGUAAAUGUAUAGUGAGGAAAAAUGUACACAAAUCAAAAAUGUAAAAUUACAGAUGUUGGAGCUUUUGUGUACAAUAUUUUGUAACUUUUUUAUGUCCAUGGUGCUACAACAGAGAUGCUUGCAGCCUUUAAGAAGAGGCUAACAGGUGUAUCAGGUGUGUGUGAAAUUUUUGGGUGUUGCGUUUCUCCGGCUCACAAACCCGGCAGAACUAACUUGGUUCUGAAACAGAGUACAUUUGAGAAAUUGUUCUGUAUGGUGCUUUUCGAAACAGUUAAUUUGGUAUAUAUCUGUCAUGGCUUUCUUUCCCUUGACAUUUGCAUAAUCGCAGUAACAUUUGACUGCAGGCGCUUUAAUUUACUGUGAUGAGCAUAUUAUUCUGUGGCCCAUAUUUCAUGCUGACUCCCAGCUGACCGAUCUGAACCUGGAAAACCAAGCUGGGUACCGGAGCCCUGAAAAGAACCUGCUCCUCGCACCAUCCUGGUUUCCAAACUGAGUGCAGGUGAGGGAAUUUUAACCAUGACAAUAUUUCUAUUGUACAGACUUGUUUAUAUAAAAGACUUUUGUUUUUUGAUUUUUAUUUUGAAGAAGGUGGUGGUUAUGCAGAACUUGCCACGUUUAUCUUUAUUUUAAAUAGGACAUGAUUAUUUAAAAAUUAAAAUUUCAGGGAGCAUUAAAAAGUAUAUUUGAUGCAAAAAUGCAUCUUGUACAUAACAAACCCAUGUUUUCCUUUAAAAGAUGGUUUCUUGUAGAAACAUUUUCCCCCAUUCAUUUCCUUUGUACUCUAAAGUUUGUAAAUACUUUAUAGCUUGGUGUGUGUAUAUAAAUAAGUAAAUAUAUAUAUAUCUAUAUAUAUUUUUUUUUUUUCUGUUCCUGGGGUUUGCUACAGAAACUCAGCUUGCAAAUGCUCUGCACAGAGCUGGUAGCAACGUGUUCGGCUUGUGUCAAGCUUUCUUUUUAUGUAAAUUCUGUGAACCGCUUGCUGUGUGAAAGAAGGAAAUAGAGUUGAUAUGUACAUGGUGUGGGACCUGGGUGACCUCAGGCUGCCCAUAUCUGUCAUGCCUAUUUAUUACAAGGAAAUUUGGAUGAAAAU